CUUUGACCCAAGCAUUAUGCGAAGUUGCGAACCCCAGUCUGCAGAGAAGAGGCUAUUAGUUCAGUGUACAGUUCUUCGUCGCAGGGUUCCUCUCUCUCUCUCUCUCACACACAGAGGCGAGAGAUUCAGAUUAAAAGGAUGCAGAGUUUGAAGCGAUUGAUACCCCGAUCUUCGUUGCUCAGUGCUCGGCUUUCGAGACACCAAGAGAAGCUCUUCCUGCUUCCUUCACAGCAUUUGGCUCAAGGGUCCUCCAUUCGCUUCCUCGACAUUUACCAGCUGGGAAACAAGGCGGCAAUCGAGAAAGAGCGUGCUCGGCUUGCAGAUGAGAUGAACAGGGGAUACUUUGCUGAUAUUUCAGAGCUCAAUCAACAUGGUGGUAAGAUUGCAACAGCAAAUAAGAUUAUAAUUCCUGCAGUGGCAGCCAUGAAGUUUCCUGGCUUAGAAGUGAACUACUCUGAUGGCAAAACAUUGAAGCUCCCUAUCACUUCCAAUGGAGAUAUGGUUGCUGCAGACAAAGCAGCCGUCCCAAAGGCAUCUUUGAUAUGUCUUUCAUUCCGAGCAAAUUCCCAGGCAAUGAUUGAUUCUUGGAGUGGACCUUUUCUUGAUACUUAUAGAAAUUCAAAUGAUGUUCAGCUAUAUGAGGUGUCAUUUAUAGACUAUUGGUUUUUAUGCUGGAACCCUAUUAAGCAGCUGCUGCUUCGGAUGAUGAAGAAAUCUAAUUAUGGAGGGAAGGAUGCACUUCAGAAGCAGAUUGUAUAUUCAUUUGGUGACCAUUAUUACUUCCGAAAAGAUCUGAAAAUUCUGAACCUUCUCACCGGGUAUAUGUUUCUUCUCGAUAAAUUUGGUAGAAUAAGAUGGCAAGGCUUUGGUUUGGCUAAUGAGGAGGAGCUGUCAUCCCUUCUUUCCUGCACAUCUCUUCUUUUGGAAGAGAAAUGAGUGAGUGACACUGACUUGUGAAAAGUAUGGGUACAGAGAAUCGUGAUGGUGGCAGUUUCAGUAAGCCUGCGAUUUUGGUUGUGAGUUAAGACGUAAAAUAACUUUGGAAAGGGUAAUGAUGCCCAUCCCUCUAGUCAACACGCCUUUACAAUCCUCACUGACGUGGCUUUCUUUUUUGUUUUUUAAUACCAACUUCUCAGCCCCAUGUCGAAACAGCACCCUUUUCCCUCCUUCGAAAAUAUUAUGCGUUCCAAAUUUGUGAUCUGAA